GAGAGAGAGAGAAAGAGAGCCUAAACGGCUAAACCUACCGAACCAUUUGCUCGAAGCUCCUCCGAGUUUCAAUGGCGGAAGCUGUUUCUGCUCAAACACCAUCAUCGCUCUCCGAGCAAUAUCAUUUGGAGAAAGAAGUGAAGGGUGUUGAAGUGUCACCACAAGCUGAAGAGGUUGAAGCCAAGGAAGAUUCUUCUCCUCCUGAGGAAGCUGUUGAAGACAAGUCCGAGUCUCCUCCUGAAGUGACUUCUGAAGAGGCUCCUCCUGCUCCGGCUGAAGACGAAAACACUAGUGAAGAAGUUGCUGAGGAGACACCUGAUGAGAUCAAGCUUGAGACAGCUCCUGCUGAUUUCCGUUUCCCGACAACAAACCAAACUAGGCAUUGUUUCACACGUUACAUUGAAUAUCACAGAUGUGUAGCUGCCAAGGGUGACGAUGCUCCUGAGUGCGAUAAGUUUUCAAAGUUUUAUCGAUCUCUUUGCCCCGGCGAAUGGGUUGAUAAGUGGAACGAACAAAGAGAGAAUGGAACUUUCCCUGGUCCUCUUUAAGACAAAUCCUGCUUCAAAAGGAAUCAUAUGCCCCUCAUUAUCCUCUUUUUGCUUUUCUUACCUUCAUCAUGUCACACUGCAGAGUUCAAUAAGAUUUUUUACAUAACCAGAAGCAUAUAUCUGGUUUGCCCAUGCUAAAAAUGUGAGAAUUUAAAUACUUAAUAGUCUCAAAUUGUUCAACUUAAAUUUUGAGGAUCAUCCGAUUCUGAUAUGCUGUUCGUUUUAUGUUAUUUUCCAUGGAAAAACUUUAUGGAUGCUGAAUGAUAUGGUUCAAAACAUGAAGAAAAUGGGUAUUAUAUCUCAUUCAUUCACCAAGACUGUGUGAUUACUACAUCUGAUGCAUCAUCCAUCAAAAGUGGUGGUUUUCACUAUAAAUAGCUGUAUGUUUAUAACUAACGUUAAACUUUGUCGUGUGUCCCCAAUGGCAAGAAGCAGUAGCAGAUCCAACAAGCCUCUGUUAAAUCAAAAUAUCUCAUGACCAUCAUCUCACUCUCUGACAGAGACAGUCCGGUAAUGGAUUUUCGUAGAAAGACUCCUCAGAACGAUAUCUCUCCAAACCUUUUGUUCCUGAAGCUGGUCCUUUUCUCCUCCUUGGUGAUCCUUGUCUGUAUUAUUAUAAGCCCCACAGCUCCUAAUAAGUAUCACUACAAUAUGGAGAUGAGUAGUAGUAUUUCAUUAAAACUAAUGGUUUUUGCUUUACCGAGUUUUGUGGAUCUCUAUCAUUCUUUCAUACACUUUCUUGUUAUCUUUCUCAGCUCCUCUUCCAAUUUUGUCUAUCAACCUAACAAUGCCUUUCCUAAAUCAUAAAAAUACAACGCAAAAUGUAAGUAACUAAAGAUUCCAUGACUUAAAACAACA